AUCCUUUACAACACUAGGCUCUUGGAUCCCCACAAAGGUGACCCCAGAGUCAGUCGACAGGCCUCAACAUUGCAGAUUGCUGGAAAAGCAGCAUCCUGCGGUGCGCAGAGGGGCCGGUAGGUGGCGCUGUGCCGGAAGUCCCUCACAGCCUGGAAAGGCGGAUGUGGGCGUCUGGAGUUGCAGAGCCUUCGCUUGGGGCCUCAUACCGUGGGUCUCUCCAGUGGAGCUACUCUCCUGUGUCAGUCCCUUCCCCUGGGCGCAGGCCAGAGACACCCUGUUAUUCUGGGUGACUCUGGGCGAACCCCGUGCUCGGCACCUCUUCCCAUAUGUAGCGUUUGCAGCCCGAGCAGGCGAAUUCCGAAGGGGGCGGGGCCUGGGACUGUGUGCCGGCGAUCCCAGCAGUUGGCAACAGAGGCAGGAGGAUUGUACUGUGGAGACGUGUCUGUGGCACGCGGGUGGAGCACUGAGCCUGGCCCCCCCCACCCCUCGCGUGGCCAUUCACCUCCACGACUGUGCAGGGGCGGCGAGAUGGACAGGUUCCUGGUGAGGCCCGACCCGGACGACCUCCGAGGGGGACGGGAGGAGCCAGUCCUGUCGGGAGGAGCCUCCGGCGGCCAGUCGAGCCCCAGCUGGCGGCACCUUCGCGCGCAAGGUCUGAAUUGUGAUUACACCAUCCUGUUUGGCAAAGCCGAGGCAGACGAGAUCUUCCGAGAGUUGGAGCAAGAAGUGGAGUAUUUUACUGGUGCACUGGCCAAGGUCCAAGUAUUUGGAAAGUGGCACAGCAUUCCCAGGAAGCAGGCAACCUACGGAGACGCUGGACUGACAUAUACCUUCUCUGGUCUUACACUGACACCAAAGCCCUGGAUUCCAGUUCUAGAGCGUGUUCGAGAUCGGAUCUUCAGGGUGACAGGGCAGACCUUCAACUUUGUGCUCAUUAACAGGUACAAAGAUGGUUGCGACCACAUCGGGGAUCACAGAGAUGAUGAAAGAGAACUGGCUCCUGGGAGUCCCAUCGCAUCUGUCUCCUUUGGGGCCUGCAGAGACUUCCUCUUCCGGCACAAAGACUCUCGAGGAAAGAGACCUCGGCAGACAGUGGAGGUAGUCAAGCUGCAGCUGGCCCAUGGAAGCCUACUGAUGAUGAACCACCCCACCAAUACCCACUGGUACCACAGUCUCCCCAUCCGCAAGAAGGUCCUGGCUCCUCGGGUCAACUUGACUUUUCGGAAAAUUUUACCUACUAAGAAAUAAAAUUUUCUAUUUAUUA